GAGCCCACCAUUAAAAGAAGAGGUUUAAAGUUGCUAGUAGCAGAAACACGUUUUCAAUCAAAACACAGUAGCAGUCAGUAGCAUAUUGCCCUUUCCCACCGUCGUCAGCAGUCAGCACUCAGCGCCUCCGCGACAAUCAUUCUGAUUUCUUUUCGAAUAUAAGAAAACGACUCCAAAUCACAUAUUGUCUGUCUUCUUCUCUACCCAAUUUAGCGUCGCGGUUUAUAUAAUUCUUCGUAGUGUUGAAUCGAUGGGCGAAUACUGAAGGAAUAAGCAAAUGAGCGGGCCGGCGGUGCACCCGGUGGAGGCCCCUCCGCCGAUGACGGAGGCCGCGCCUCUCAGGGUUAGGAUGAAAGACGUCCAGGGAAUGGCCGGGACCACCGGCGCUCUCGUCCUCCGCCUCUGCCAGUUCGCCUUCGCCGCCAUUUCUCUGUGCGUCAUGGCCACGACCUCCGAUUUCCCAUCCGUCACCGCCUUCCGCUAUCUUGUUGGUGCUGUUGGUUUGCAAAGUUUAUGGAGCCUAUCUCUGGCUCUUACUGAUGUGUAUGCUCUCAUGGUGAGGCGAAGUUUCAGAAAUGCUGGAGUUGUCAGUUUAUUUGCUAUUGGUGAUGGGAUUACUUCCACUCUAACAUUCGCUGCAGCCUGUGCAUCAGCUGGUAUCACUGUCCUCAUCGGAAAUGAUCUUGAUAAAUGUAAUCUGAACCACUGCACAAGAUUCAUGUCGGCUACAGCCAUGGCUUUUCUGUGCUGGUUUGCUGUGUCCCCUUCGUUUCUGCUGAAUUUUUGGUCUCUGGCUUCUCGAUAGCAUGUCAUACGAGCAUUGCAAAACAAGAACUGUCACGAGACUUGAUGAUUGAUUGGAUUUUGCUACUUGUGUUGAUGGUCAGGCAAAGAGAUCCCUAUCAUUUAUAUCACUGAUUCGGUGGUUUCAGGGAAUUUAGUAGCUUGUACAACUUUUUUCCCCUUUCGAAUGCUGAUUGUCGAAAUUAGGUGUGUUAUUAGAUGAAGAUCAUUUAAUCUUUCAAGAUUUUUAGAGUGUCUUCUCAUGCAGGCCUUGUAUUUUUCUUGUUUAGGUUUUGGUUCCAUUUUUGUUUUUGAAUCUGGUCACUAUGUAAAACAGUAUUAUUUUGAAUAUACAUUUACUUUUACACGUCA